UUUACUAAUCUUUAUACACACUGGGAUAACCAUGGUGUGUGUGAUUUUAUGAAAACGUUAACUACCCAUGAAUGUGUACAUUAUUUUGUAAGAUAUUGUCGUCGACAGUGAAGGAUAAUUAUCAGUUUCUGUCAUUCAAAAGUUUAAACAUCUCUUUCUUUCGACAGAAAAUUGUUACCAUGAGUGGUCGUCCAAAAUUAUUCAUUAAUCAAGGGAUACCGGAAGACGGCAAGGCUCUGAAGUUAUAUCGUGAACAAUGUGAGAUUAGUAUGUACGACGAGAAAAAGGGUGGCGUCGUUUCUCAGCCACGUGAAGAGUUUCUGAGAUGUAUCAAAGGCGUGGAUGCUAUACAUCUCGCGUAUCCAGUAAAAAUAGACAAGGAAGCUCUAGAUGCAGCAGGUCCACAGUUAAAGGUUAUAGGGACAAUGUCAGUAGGUUUGGAUCAUCUGGAUUUAGUAGAGUGUGCACGGCGCGAUAUUAAAGUAGGUUAUACACCGGAUGUCCUCACAGAUGCCGUGGCGGAGGCAGCUAUGGCCCUGACACUUGCUACUGCUCGCAGAUACAAAGAAGGUAUGGCGGACGUAGUUAACGGCAAAUGGGGAUCAACUUGGAAUAACUCUCUUUACCUCUGCGGAAAAGACAUUAAAGGUUCGACUGUUGGAAUUGUUGGCUUGGGGCGAAUCGGACUCGGGGUUGCUAAACGCUUGAGACCAUUCGGUAUAAGUCGCCUCCUUUAUUGUGGAAGGAACGAAAGGGAUUGUGCUUCUGAAGUUGGCGCCGAAUAUGUUGCAUUUGAUGAUUUGUUAAAACAAUCUGACUUUGUAAUAGCAUGUUGUUCUAUGAAUCCAAGCAAUCAUAAACUAUUCAAUGUUGAUGCAUUUAAGAAAAUGAAGUCGUCAGCGAUACUAGUCAAUGUAUCACGAGGUAUACUUAUUGACCAAGAUGCACUCUACGACGCCUUACGUACAGGAGAGAUACACGCUGCUGGACUAGAUGUGACCACACCAGAACCAUUGCCUGUCAAUCACCCCCUUCUGACACUGCCUAAUUGCACUGUGCUUCCCCAUCUUGGGAGUGCUUCUGUUAAUGCCAGAAAUGCGAUGGCUGACCUGACAGCGAGUAAUAUCUUAGCAGGGCUGAAAGGAGAAUCUUUACCAGCUCCUGUUCCUGUUAGCAAAUAAUUUCUUUUUUCAUGUUAUAGAUAUGUUUCUUACUAAUCUGUUAUUUAACCAGUGCUAUAAUUUUCAAGGUUAAUGUGUCAGUUUGAAUACAUGAUAGUGAUAGGUAUGAAUUGAUAGCGUUGUUUUAAAUAAGUACGCUUCUUGCA